AUGAGGCAAAUUACUUCACAAAAAUAUUGUGCGAUACUUAAAGUUCUAGUAUCUGUGAAAAGUUUUGCAAAUACGGACGCUAAUGAAGCAAAUAUUCCUGAUAAUAAGGAAUAUGGUAUAAAUGAAGAUUUAGUUAUGUCAACGUUGUCUCGAGUCGUAUUAGGUAAAGAUAUACCGACUCUUCCUUUUAAUAUUGCAGAAAAAGUCGAUGCAUACGAAGGCGUAUCAAUAUGGUCUUUAUAUCAGGGAACAAAAAAGGAGGACGGAAGCCCCGUAUCUAUUUUCACUUUUGAUUGCACUAAGCAAAAAGAUAAAUUACCUUUAGCCAAAAAUGCUUUCAAGAAAUUUCGCACCAUUAGACACCCAGAUUUAUUACGUUACGUUGAUGGUGUGGAGACUGAUUCUAACAUAUAUAUCGUUACCGAAAAUGUUACUCCUUUAAUAACACAAAUUAAUGUUCGUCCUGAUGAUAAUUUAGUGUCAUGGGGCUUAUAUAAAGUGGGGAGCGCAUUAAAAUUUUUAAAUAAUGAUUGUUCAAUGAUUCAUGGUAAUGUUCGAAUUUCGUCAAUAUUUACAAAUAAAGCUGGGGAAUGGAAAUUGGCUGGAUUUGAACUUAUGAGUUCUCCCAAGGAAGACAACCCUGUGAUUUUUACUUAUGGUGGAUUAGUAGUUGAUUCUUCUAAAUAUGCUUCCCCUGAGAUCGCAAAAAAUUCUUGGAAUAAUCUAAAGGAGCAUGAUGUGUGGGUAACAGACUCGUGGAAUUACGGAACUUUGAUCUAUGAAGUGUAUAACGGAGCAUUUUCAUCUACUAAUCAACUUGAAAAUACUGGUGCUAUACCACAGAAUAUUUUAUCUCCAUAUAAACAAUUGAUAAGAGCCAAUCCAAAAUCUCGACUUAAAAUAUCUGCUUUCGUCGAUGCUUGUCUACGCCCCGGUGGAUUUUUUCAGAAUGAUCUAGUACAAAUUAAUUUAUUCUUGGAGAAUAUGAACAUUAAAGAAGCAAGGGAAAAAGAUAUCUUUUUUAAGAAAUUGAUUGAUACGAUCGAUAAAAUGCCUGGAAAUAUAUGUAAAUAUAAAAUUUUGCCAGAACUCCUUAAAGCUCUAGAAUUUGGCUCAGUAUUACCUUCUAUAAUAAAGAUCGGUGAAACUCUCGAUGAUAAUGAAUACGAACAAUUUAUAGUGACAUCUAUUAUAAAAAUGUUUGCUGUGCCUGAUCGAGCUAUGCGUCUUAGUUUGCUAGAAAAUUUAGGCUCAUUUAUUGAUCAUUUAGAUAAUAAAACGGUCAAUGAAAAAGCAACUGGAUUUACAGAUACUGCACCAAUUAUCAGAGAAAGUACCGUAAAAUCGGUUCUUUUACUCGCUCCAAAGUUGACUGAACGUGUUAUUAAUAAUGAUUUAUUACGGCAUUUGGCAAAGUUACAAAUGGAUGAAAUGCCUGGUAUUCGGACAAAUACCACUAUUUGCUUAGGCAAAAUUAGUAAAUACCUGAGUGACAGUACAAAGAAAAAAAUAUUGGUAACCGCAUUCACAAGAGCGCUGAGGGAUCCGUUUCCUCAUGCUAGAGCGGCGAGCUUGAUGGCAUUGACAGCAACACUAGAAUAUUAUGAUGCUACCGAUUGUGCAACUAGAAUAUUGCCAUGUGUGUCAGUAGUUUUGGUUGAUAAAGAGAAACCAGUACGCAUCCAAGCUUUCAAAUCGCUCGAUGUAAUUGUUAAACGAUUAGAAAAAUUGGUCGAAUCAAUGCCCGAUUCAGCUAUUUUAACUGAACAAAGUUCAGGAAAUGCCGACACUUCAUUGCCGACUUCAGUUGCUGGUAGCGUGGUUAGUGCUGCCGAAAGUUGGACUGGAUGGGCUGUUACAUCUUUGACUAAAAAGAUCACUGGAGUAAAUGUUGAAGGCGAAAUUGCAGCAGCACCUACUGACAACACAAAUAGUGAUACAUCCGCACAUGCUCACGAGAAAUCGGGAAGCGAAUAUUUGUCACCUUCUCCGAGCUCGAGUGAUUCUAAAUGUGAGGCUCUCGAGAAAUCGGGAAGUGAAUAUUUGUCACCUUCUCCGAGCUCGAGUGGUUCUAAAUUACAUCCGACGGAUGGUUGGGAGUUGGAUGAUUUUGAAUGGGGUAACAAUGAUGGAUGGGACGAUGAUUGGGAUACUUCAAGACCAUCACCCGCAACGUCAACUAGAUCCGUAAGCCCAAUUCAAAAAUCGACGCCUUCUAUUACAGUUUCUAAGGAAGAGAGAGCAGCAGAACUUAACAAGAAAAGAGAAGAAAGACGACAGAGAAUGUCAAUGUUGAAAGAAAAAAAGAAAAAAAGUUCAGUACUCGGAGCAAAGAAAAUAUAA